AUGUGGUCAGACAAAAAGGUGAGCACAGCUCGAAAACUUCCUUUGCUAUUUUUAACAUUGCGCAAUCUGCUCUGUACGAUUUCAAUGGCUUCUGUCAAAAACCGGAUUGAUCGUCCCGGAGCCAAACAGCAAAGGAAUAAUACUACACAACGAAUUAGAAAGCGACGAUCUUGUCGGGAGAGGUGGUUGAGAAAAUAUUAUAACUUAAGUUUGUCGGGAUGGCUAGCUAAACCGCUUUCACCAUUGCAAUCUGAAGAUUCAGAGGAUGAAUCUAACAGCACUUCACCAUCUCCAAAUCAUUCAAUACAGAAUCUUAGGAUACAAAGGGAACCGCGAUCGAUGCAAUCGGCAGAAACACCAAAUGACACUCAGCUUGCUGUACCAAGCAUCCAACUACUCACCGAGGCAGUCUUGUCGCAGGUAGAGUCUGACAAAUCAUCAUUAAUUUUACCUGCUGAAAAAUCUGGUGAUCAAUUACCACCACACUAUCUUCCAAACAUGAUUCAACGUGUUCGACAAUCGCAGCUGUGCAUUGAUCCAAAAGAUUUUGUAGUUCCUUAUACUCCAAUAACGGUAGAAGAGAGGUUAGCUGGCACCGAUGAAAUUCAUAUAACAGUGAUCAACACAUGCGGAAUGACCAGUUUACCAUAUACCCUGCAUGACGAUGAUCCGUUUGAUACUAAAUAUCCGAAUCUUAAAACACUGCUACCUCCAAUAUCAACAUUCUUCAAUUUCAUUCGCAAAAGACAAUUUUGA